CAACCAAUUGGAGAUUUAGAAAUCCUCUAAACUAUGGAUUUUCUGACAAAAGUGUGGGCCAAAGAAGCGCCCACGCCUAUAGAUAUUGAAACGCCCACUGACACAAAGGCAAAGCCACCAACUCCACCCGUCGUUGCAAUCGAUUCCCAGGAUGUUCAGGACGCCAACCUCUCCAACGACCAAACGCCCAGCAAUGAGAGUAAGGAUUGGGGCUAUGAUCUGUAUCCGGAGCGACGCGGCGUAACCUUCAAGCCCAAGUGGACACGCAUCCUCUUUGGUAUGGAAGGUCAGGAGAACAUUGAUCGCUAUAAAUGUGAACAGAAUGUCUAUUGGUGUGUGAAGAACGGUCCACUGGUCAAACUAAUGAUGGGAGCACUGAAGAGUUCCGGGUGCCCCAUCGACCUGCGUCGGCACAUCUCCUGCGAGGUGUGUGAUCCUUCCGUGACUGGUGGCUACGAUCCAAAGUUGAAUCAGAUUGUGGUCUGCCAGAAUAUGGCCAAGAACAAAAGCAUGGUGCAUGGCGUGCUUACGCAUGAAAUGAUACACAUGUUCGAUUACUGCAACAACGAUCUGGACUUCCGAAAUGUAGAUCACCUGGCGUGUACGGAGAUCCGAGCGGCCAAUCUGGCGCAUUGCUCUUUUUUGAGUGCCAUGUUCCAGGGCGAUGCCUCACCCUUUAACGUAAAAGAGGCGCAUCAGAACUGCGUCAAGACCAAGGCCUUGGCCUCUGUGCUGGCUGUGCGGAAUAUAAGUAAAUCAGAUGCCAUUGCGGCUGUGGAGCGGGUUUUUCCCAAGUGCUAUGCGGAUCUAGAGCCCAUCGGCAGAAGAAUCCGUCGCAAUUCCACGGACCAACAGAAAGCCUACAUGGAGGGACCCAUGUACGGCUAUGACGUUUAUUGAAAUGGCUGUAAUGGAUGUGUUUGUUUUUAAUAAAACUAUGUUUUAAUCUUUAAA